UCAGCACAACCGUCCGGCAAAUGAAAAACAAGGUGCCUGAGAGACAGAAGGUUUUCCUGGAGGAUAAUGGUCUGCCAGUCCACAUUAAGGGAGGAUCCACUGAUGUCCUUCUCUACCGUUUGACCAUGACCAUCACAAUUGCAGGCACUGGCUUUUCCUUAUACUGGUUGCUGGUGGCCUGCCUGCCCAAGAGUAAAGCAUAAUUACUUUGAUACUGCAUGAUGCUGUAAAAAUCUAUUACAUUUCAAAUACCUUAAUAAAACACAUAUAAUCUUACAACUACAA